AUGAAACGAAAUCGAUCUUUAAACAAUGAUCAAACCGAAUUUUCUCUUAAACGAGUUCAUGUACAAAAUGAAAUUAAUCUUAAAGAUACAAAACAAGAACAAUCUUAUUUGCAAAUAAAUCCUAUUCAUUUAAAUUUAUCUGAUAAAAGACAUAUUAUAGAAAAAGUUCAACUAUGGUUAAGUAAUAUUAGACCAAUAGAUAGAUAA